AUGCGCCAGAAAAGAGCAAAGUCCUACAGAAAGCAGAUGUUGGUGUACCACCACAAUUUCAAAUUCAGAGAGCCGUACCAGGUUCUCGUGGAUGACCAGAUAGUAUGCGACACGCAUAAGGCUUCGUUUGACCUGGUCAAAGGACUGCAACGGACGUUGCAAGCGGAGGUGAAACCCAUGAUAACCCAGUGCUGCAUUCAAGCCAUUUAUGAGACCAAAAACCAGGACGCCAUAGACCUUGCCAAGUCUUUCGAAAGACGACGUUGCAACCAUCCGCCCAAGGAAGCCAAGCCACCGCUAGAGUGUCUGGAAAGCGUGGUUUGUGUAAACGGGACCAACAAGCACAGGUAUGUGGUGGCGAGCCAGGAUCCCAAGAUCCGCGGUGUGCUAAGAAGGGUGCCAGGAGUGCCUAUGAUAUUCAUGAACCGGUCCGUCAUGGUCAUGGAACCUCUCAGUCGGUCCAGUGAGAGGCUGAGCAAGGAUCAAGAGAAACAAAAACUAUACAAAGGCCUCAACGACCCACAGCUCGCCGGAAAACCAGCUGUCGAAGACACCACGCACAAAGAUGGAGCUGUCACCUCAGAACAGACCGCCAGCAAGAAACGCAAGGGUCCUAAGGGCCCCAAUCCACUCAGUGUCAAGAAGGCCAAAGCCUCAAGCACUGCAGGCGACGCUACAGGGGACCUUGCCGACUCCAAACCCGUCGUUUCGAACUCGGAAGCCAAACCAGCCCGCCGUCGUAAACGAUCUCAUAAAUCAUCCGCGCCUGGCGAAGAAAAACGCGAGGAUAACGCGGAAGAUCAGAACGAUGGCGACUCGGGAUAG